AUGAAGACUACGAUGUGGUGGUCCGUCGCCACCCUCAGUCUUGCCAUGAGCACGGUCCGCGCGCUCACCUACAUGGGACAGGUCUACGGCGUCACCGUACUUUCGCCCAACAGCACUGAACCCUGGUAUACCGGUGGAUACAACGUCAUCGACGUACAGGUCAUUCAGACACUCAUCUGCUGUCCGCCGUUACCCGAAGUGGACUGGAUCCUGCACAACCCCGACUCCUCCUUACUCGCCAGCGACCUGCUCCUCAACGGCGGCGACAACUUUACGCCCCCGACCAACCCCGACAUCAGCACCGCCAAGCCCGGGAACGGGUACGUCCUCGUGGUAGCCCUCAAGGGAAACGCUUCUGCCAUCUUUGGCCAGUCGGACGCGUUCCAAGUCGUCGACGGCGCCGUAUCCCCCAACAUCCUCAAUAACGGCAGCGACAGCUCAGCCGUCACCUCCACCCUCGCCGACAACGCGACCACCACCACGGCCAGCACGCCUACAGACACGCCCACGCCCACGGCCGGCGGCUCCAGUGUAUUUGGGUCUGGAUCCGGAGCAGGAAGUAGUAUGGGCAGUGUCAGCUCGACGCAGCACCCCGAGUCGCUGUCGACAACGACAGGAAGCGUGCCCACUACGGGCGGAACGAGCCAGCCUGUAUCGAACGCGACGGCCACGGGCACAGCUACAGCGAAACCCAGUGGUGCAGCGGGCAUGGGCAUGCGCGUCUCUGGCGCAGGCGUCGCAGUGGCGCUCCUCGUCCUGGUUAUUAUGUAG